CUAGCCUUUAUACAUAUCUAUGGUGUUUACCGUGCGAUUUGGCGGGAGAGCGACAGACACGCCGCUUUCGGUUUUGAGGCGCGUGCUAUUCAGACAGCCGCGACUCCGCGAGUUUAAACACACUGCAGCUCUGUCCAGCGCCGCGUGCGUCAAUGGCGGCUCGCGCGGAGUCUGACCCGGAGCGAAGCGGAACUGAAGAUGAGCCUCGAGCCACCGAGCCCGAUGAGGACGCAGGGAACGCGCAUGUCGGGCCCGCCGCGGGUCCACAGCAGCAGCACCGGCUCGCCAAGUUACCGCUGUCACGCAUCAAAACACUGAUGAAAGCCGAUCCAGACGUGAGUCUCGCGAGUCAAGAGUCCGUGUUCAUCAUAGCCAAAGCCACGGAGCUUUUCGUGGAAAUGAUCGCAAAAGAUGCACUUGUAUAUGCACAACAAGGAAAAAGAAAAACCCUUCAACGAAAAGACUUGGACAACGCUAUUGAAGCAAUAGAUGAAUUUGCGUUUUUGGAAGGUACCCUGGACUGACUGGACCUGCUGAGAUAAAGACUCAAUUUCUAAAGGUCCACUGUUUACUUGUCAGUAUGUUGAUUUGAAAUGGGACAAACAUGGAGAAACAUGUAUUUAGUUGUGAUGUUGGUCUGCGAAGACUGUGAAAAGUUGUGGGGUGUUACUUUUGUAAAGUGCCAAUUGUAUUUUUUCACUAUAAGAUUCUUAUAAUGUUUAAAUAAAUGUAGGUUCUUUCCUAAA